UAACACUUCCGCUGCUAGAGGACACCAGCAUGGCCGCUGCAUUGAGUCGGUAGCCCUGCUGUCACCCCCGUCCAGCCUCGAGGAAAACACCGACAUGUUCCAGGUGAUCGUCGGCAGCGCCCCGGCGGCCCGGCUGCUGGCCCCGCGGGCCAGCGUGCUGCUGGCGGCCGUGCGGGGCCGCAAGGCCCGCGGAGACCCGGUGGCCAAGUCCAAGCAGGGCCGGAUCAAGGUGCCCCCCCCGGUGGACCCGAGGGAGAUGCUGGCGAUGAAGGAGCGGUACUCCGAGUACACGCUGAUGCUGGCGGCGCUGCGUCUGGAGUUCAAGGAGGAGCUGCUGCGUAAGAAGUACGAGGAGGAGACGGGCACGCGGGCGGGGGAGCGGGCCAAGCAGGAGGCGGCGGAGCACCGCGCCCUCAUGGCCUGGAACGAACAGGAAAACCUCUGCAUGCUCCAAGCCAGAUUACUGAGGGUCCAGAAGGAAGAGGAGGAAGUUCAGCGCAGGCAGGAGGAAGCGACGGCCCGGCGGGAGCAGGGACUGCAGGAGCUCAUCAGACAGAAGGAGGAGGAGAUUCUGCAGCUGCAGGAGGAUGUGAAGAACUUCAUCACCCCGGAGAACCUGGACCAACGCAUCGAGCAGGCCCUGGACAAUCCCAAGAACUACAACUUUGCCAUCGAUAAAGAGGGGAGAGUUGUGAAGCAGACGGCGCUGCGGUGAAGCGGCCGACCCGUCCACUCCCGUCCGUCUCAGAGGACACGAGAACGGACCAGCAGGAGCUGCCGUUGUUUGACCGUCGGAGAUCAAACUCAGCGCUUCAUGCACCUGAACACUGAGAAUCUUUUUGAAAUGUGUCGUGAAAGUCUGCUCACGCCUGGAUCGGGCGGUUUCACGGCAGCCGUCGUUGUUAUUCUUACUGAAACGUGAUCGUUGUUGGUGUGUGAAGUAAAAUACCAUGAAAAGGC